GGGAGCGGGUGGGUGGGGGUGGCACUGCAUCUGUUGAAAAUUGAAGUUUGAAAUCCCCUCUUCUUUUUCCCGAGUUCCCCUUCGCUCCCUACAGUUCCUCUCUCUCUCUCUCUCCCUCUCCCUCUCCCUCUCUUCUCUGUUUUCUUUCGCUUCCAAAAUAUUCGCAAUUAAGAGGAGAGAGACGGGAGAGGUUCCAAGAGCUGGAGCCUAGAAGGGUGCCCUAGAUCGUCCCCCCCCCGUCCGUCUUCCCGCCAAAACCCGGAGCUCGAAACCAGCUCGCUUUCCCCGACCCGAGUUCCCUGAAUCCGCACGGAGGGGCAUCGCGGAAGGCGAAUCUGGAUGCUCUGGUGCCUUUUCUGCUGACGUGCCAUCUUAUCAUUUUGAGCUAAGAGAUAUGCGCUGUAUGUGAGAUCUGCUGAGCUGCCUCUGAGGAUUGGCGUGAGCAAGUGUUUUUUUUUUUUUUUUUUUUUUUUUUGUUUCCUGGUUGAUGAUGUGUGUUGAGGAUGAGGGAUUUAUGCUCAUGGACUCCAAAGAGAGCGAGUUUGCUUCGGUGAAUCACCGUGGGAAGCUGCAUGACGAUGGGGAUUUGAAUGGUGGUAGUGAUUUGCUGGUGUCGUCGUCGUCGGGUGGUGAGCAACGGGCUGGUGCUAGGAAGAGAAAGCAUUAUGAGAUUGUCAUCAAUCAGGACUCGAUAAACUUGGACCAAAAGAAGAGCAACAGAAGUGUAAGUUCAUCCAGUUAUGAGAAGGGAUGUGCGGUUGCUAAGUCGGGUUCUCAGACUUCGAUUAAUGAUGAUGACGACGACGAUAAUGUAACGAUUCUGGAUAAAAAGGUGUUUAAUGAGGAGGUGUGUCGUUCUAAGAGGACACAGUCGUCCUUUUUGGGUAUGCUUAAAUGGUUAACUGAGAUUGCUGAGAAUCCAUGCGCUUCAGGAUUAAUUACUUUGCCGGAUAAGUCAAAAUGGAAGUCUUAUGGGAAUGAAGUAUUGUGGAAGCAGGUGUUGUUGGCACGUGAAGCUAUUUUCCAUAGAUGGGAUGACGGCAAGGACAUGGGACCGGAAACUUUGCAGAGAAAUCAGAAGACGGAUCUACGCACGUAUGACGAUAAUAUUGGAUCCAGCUACAAUCUUAGGGAGAGAUCAAAAAGCAACCACAAGGCUUCUCCUGGAGAACAGUUAAUGCAAGUUCAGGCCUUUUCUGAGUCAUUCUCCUUGAGUGGCCAAAGUAACGUGGACAAAAGUCCUACUAUAGGCAUGUCAAGGAUGGGAUACGAUGCUGGCGAAGAUGCUACCCCUAAUUUUUCGACUGUUGAUUUACUGUCUCGAGAUUAUAAUCGAAAAGUUCCAUUGGGUUAUCAAUAUCAAGCCGUAAUGCCUGUCUGGAAUGGGAUUUCCUCUGAAAGUGACUCUAAAUGGUUGGGGACCAAGGUUUGGCCACUCAAUGAAACAGAGAAAAGAACUAUUAUCGAAAGGGAUCCUAUUGGAAAGGGAAGACAAGAUUCAUGUGGCUGCCCGGUUCUGGGUUCUACAGAGUGUGUCAGAUUUCACAUUGCUGAGAAAAGGUUAAAAUUGAAAAUUGAACUGGGCUCAGCAUUUUACAGGUGGAAUUUUCAUAAGAUGGGAGAGGAAGUAAGACUCUCUUGGACAGAAGAAGAACAAAAGAAGUUCACAACCAUUAUGAAGAUGAAUUCCCUAUCAGAGGACAAGUGUUUCUGGGACCAGAUAUUUAGAGUUUUUCCAAGAAAAAGCAGGGAGGAGUUGGUGAGCUACUACUUUAAUGUCUUUCUUUUGCAUCGACGAGGAUGCCAGAAUAGGGAAUCUCUAAGUGACAUUAACAGUGAUGAUGAUGAGGCAGAAACUAAUUUAGCAGUUAAGUGGGGUGGUCGUCACGAAACUAAAUCCACAAGCUCCAUAUUUUAUUCUCCCACUAAGUCACAUGCUAAUAACAAGAAGUGACUCAAUAGAAUGUUAAUAGAUGAUAUGCCAAGAAAUGUAAAUGCUGGGAAAACCCUCUGUUGUGCCUCUCUCAAAUCGGUCUCUCGACAAGGGUUCUCAGCUGAUCAAUGUGGAACUUGCUUAGAAAGUGAAAUGCCUUGGCAUUCAUAAGUGAGGAGAGUUUUGAUUUUGUGCUGGAUUGGAUUAUUGGCUAUGGUAGAUGACACCAUCAGAAGGCAGCUUUUGGCUGUAGAAGCUGCAGUACUGUCCAAGUGCUUUUGGCCUAUGUACCUUAAGUUUUUGAGAUACACACCAAGUUGCUUUAUGUUGACAAUCAACAUCUAAGACAGGUAUUUUGAUUUUUCGGUUAGUUGUGGUACCUCAACUUUUCCUUUCUAGUCAUCUGAUUUAGCUCCAUGAGUUGAGGUGCCAGAGUCCAUAGUAAAGCCGGGCGAUGAAAUGGAUGCUGAUUUUGAAGCACAGAAUAGGAACUAGAGAAACUUGUUGAGAUUGUUUGACCAUUGAAAUGGCUUCAUCAAUUUUGUGAUAUAAUCUUGCAACUGUACGUAUUUAUUGGUAUGUUGGGGCAUGUCAGUGCAAAUACUUACUGGUGAAAGACAAUUGAUUGGACUGUGAAAAUUUGAAAUUACUGUGAGUUAUUGUCUUCUAA